AUGACUACAGGUGGUUGGUGUGAACUAAGGAACCUCAAAGAGCUCCGUCUAAGUGGGAAUCAAUUGGAGGGAAUGCUUCUACUAUGUUUGAGAAAUUUAACAUCUCUUGGAUUGGUUGAUCUCUCUCAAAACAAGCUUAUUGGAAACAUUGCUUCAUCCCCACUUUCAACACUAACAUCUAUUGAAUAUCUUUCAAUUUCACACAACUCCAUUGAAGUCCCAAUCUCAUUCAGAUCUUUUGCUAACCAUUCCAAACUUAGGUUCAUACUUGCUGACGAAAAUUAUGCCAUUUCUGAAACUGAUGAGUUACAAAGUGUGGUCCCUAAGUUCCAGCUAGAAGUAUUUUCCAUGUCAAAUUGCAUCAACCUUCUAAUGUUGCCAAAAUUCCUUCACUACCAAUAUGAUUUGAAGGUUCUUAAGAUCUCUAAAAUCAUUUUGGAGGCAGAAUUUCCCAAUUGGUGGCUACAUAACAACACAAAACUUCAAGAGAUCUCUAUGAACUCCAAUAAUUUCACUGGACCCCUUAAGUUUCCAUUGCAUCUUCCUAAUCCAAACCUUCAAAUACUUGAUUUCUCUAACAACAAGUUGAGUGGAGAAAUUCCUUACAAUAUCAGUUCAACCUUUCCAAAGAUUGUGGCACUAAACCUCUCCUACAAUUUGUUUACGGGUCAAAUACCUUCCUCUCUUGGCAACAUGAAAUUUUUAAAGUUUCUUGACUUGUCAAACAAUUCUUUCACCGGGGAAAUUCCAAAGGAGUUGUUGAUUGGCGGCACCUUGUUAAUGGUUCUUAAACUAUCAAAUAAUAAUCUGGAAGGAGAAAUAGUCAAAGAGUUUGCAUACUUAACUUUAUUAUGGCUCUUGCAUCUUGAUGGUAACAAUUUCACAGGCACCAUAUCAGAUAGCCUUUCUAAUAUUCCUUUGAUGUCUUUGGAUAUGAGUGACAACAAAUUUUUUGGAAUAAUUCCAAGAUGGUUGGGUUAUAUAGAGAAUUUGGAACAACUCACUUUGUCCAAGAAUCACCUUCAAGGUUAUAUCCCUAUAGAGCUUUGUUACCUAGGAGGACUCAGUUUUCUAGACUUGUCAGAGAACAAUUUAACAGGGUCUAUACCAUCUUGCCUCAAUCCAUACAACAUUAUAUAUGUUGGUCUAAGUAAAAAUCAUUUGGGAGGUCAACUGACGAGUGCCUUUAUUAAUAGUACUACCUUGGCAAUGCUUGAUCUUAGUCACAAUGAUUUUGUUGGAAGAAUUCCGAUCCAGAAUGGAUAG